UGGAAUCAAAAACUAUUGAAACUUGAACAAGGUGUUGGUGAAAUGCAAAUCUCAGCUAAAUCAUUUGAAGUACGUGAUGUACCAGCUUAUUUAGAUAUGAAAACAAUGCGACGUGGAAUGAAGACAACUAAACGUGUCUGGGAUUAUAUUAACAUGUUUAGAAGUUAUGUAACCAAUUGGAAAACAUCACGAUGGAAAGAAAUUGAUUUUGGUACUAUUGAUGAA